GCGCGCGGGUGGCGGCGGCGGCGGCGGCGGCGGCUGCGCGGCCGGUGGAGCUCGGGGGCUCCGGGUCCUGGGAGGUCGGGGCCCAUGGCUCCGUGGGCCGGGGCCGAGCUCUGGGCGCUGACGCCGCUGCGCGCCCUGUGGCUCACGCUGACCGCCGCCUUCCUGCUGACCCUGCUGCUGCAGCUCGUGCCGCCCGGCCUGCUCCCGGCCUGCGCGCUUUUCCAGGACCUGAUCCGCUAUGGGAAAACCAAGCGCGAGGGGCCGUCGCGCCCGGCCGCCUGCCGGGUCUUUGACGUCCCCAAGAGGUAUUUUUCUCAUUUCUACAUCAUCUCAGUGCUGUGGAAUGGCUUCCUGCUUUGGCACCUUACUCAGUCUCUGUUCCUGGGAGUGCCUUUUCCAAACUGGCUUCAUGGUCUGCUCAGAAUUCUCGGGGCUGCCCAGUUCCAAGGGAGUGAGCUGGCGCUGUCUGCAUUCUUAGUGUUAGUAUUUCUGUGGCUACACAGUUUGCGAAGGCUCUUCGAGUGCCUGUAUGUCAGUGUCUUCUCCAAUGCUGUGAUUCACGUCGUCCAGUACUGUUUUGGACUUGUCUACUAUGUCCUCACCGGCCUAACUGUGCUGAGCCAAGUGCCAAUGGAUGGCAGGAACGUCUAUGUGAUAGGGAAAAAUCUCUUGAUGCAAGCUCGGUGGUUCCAUAUCCUCGGAAUGCUGAUGUUUAUCUGGUCGUCUGCCCAUCAGUACAAGUGCCACGUUAUUCUUGGCAAUCUCAGGAAAAAUAAAGCAGGAGUGGUCAUCCACUGUAACCACCGAAUCCCUUUUGGGGACUGGUUUGAAUAUGUUUCUUCCCCUAACUACUUAGCAGAGCUGAUGAUCUACAUCUCCAUGGCUGUCACCUUUGGAUUCCACAACUUAACUUGGUGGCUCGUGGUGACAUAUGUUUUCUUCAGCCAGGCCCUGUGUGCUCUCCUCAGCCACAAAUUCUACAAAAGCAAUUUUGUCUCCUAUCCAAAGCAUAGGAAAGCUUUCCUGCCAUUCCUAUUUUAAGAUAACCUCAGUGUUGCAUGAAGAAUGCAAGCCAGGUGACAGGUUCACUUCCUCAGGACAACAACAUCUAGGGACCAAAGUACAGUUCCUGCAGAUGGUUUGAAACUCUGUGCUCCUUUUUUAUACCCACAAGUCUUCACUGAAUGAACAAAGCAAUACUGCUCAAGAAAAUGAAUCUUCAAAGAAGAAAUACUUCUGGCAGACCUGGGAGUGCCAUGUCUACCUUCGGAGGCUUUAUUAAAACCAACCCACUGCUAAACAGUAGAUGAGACUUCUCCAAGCUGGCUCAAAAGGGAAGUACCAAGAAUAUAUAGACACUUCACACAUGCACACACAUCCCCAGAGGAGGGGAGAAGACCAUCCAUGGCUUGGUUUUUGUUAGGGACAAAUGAGCGGGACUACAUAAUAAGCAACAUAGUAGGUGCUGAGUAACUGUUGUAUUUCAAUAAAAAGCAGAAGAGUUUGAAAAUAACAAUAUAUAAUUUCACACCAACAGAUUCAGGGAAAAAUGAGUCUGUUGGAGAUAGUUUACACUUUCACAUAUGGCCACCAAAAUUUCCAGUUAUGUAACCAGCAAUCGUGGUUUCCACUCAUUUCCCCCUCAAAUCAUAGGCUAACAGGAGGUUUGAAAUCUUUUAUUUAAUACCUUUUUUUGACAUCUCUUCCAAGGAAGUACCUUUAAAGUGAAAGCAACUGAAAAUAAAAUAUUUUUAUAUCGAUGUGUAAAGAGCCUUCAGUGAAUAAAUCAACCUUCGCUGCAGACUGGAUAGAGCUAUAGCCUCAUUCAUAUCCAGUUAUUCAAACUGGAUUAAGCUUUGCCUGAGUUUAACUACCGAACUAUUUUAAUGCAGUGAAUCUGAAGAUUUUGGGGAAUAAAGUUUACACUAAAAAAGUUUAUGUUAAAGGAAAAAAAACAUAAUUAAAUCAAAGGGAAAUAACUGCAUGGUUUAAAAGAAAAACAACUUGAAAACUAA